AUGCCCAAGCCUGCACGACUUUGUGUCGCACCGGUCGGCUACAUCUGCUCGCUUGCGCUGACUCCCAGCAGCAUGGCGAUGGAGGAUCUCCAGCCCACGGAGACUCAGCAACAGGAGCUGGCGAGCGCGGAACACCAGGCCAGUCUGAUGCAGAGCAUGCUGAAGACUGAAGCCGAGAAUAUGGAUGUGAGUUCUGGGGAGAACAAGCGGGGCACCAGCGAGCCGGAGGACACAAGACGCGGCAAGGGAGGCCAGAAGUGGCCCAGGGGAGACGCCAAAGGAAGGAUACUGGAUGGUCCUCUCGCGGACAAGAGAGCGGAGGGUAAGCACUUGAACCGUCAGGACGAUCGGGAAGCCGAGCAGGAGGAAGACUGA